CGUUAGUUGAGUCCGAAGGCUUAUACGGCUGAGGCAAAAGUUUCCUGAACAUGGGUUCUGAGGUGUCCCGGCCUCUGGACCGGGGCAAGGUCGCUGAGCCCCCUGAGGUUACUGCUCCCGCCAAACCCGCGCCCCUCUCCGUACCCGGAGCGCCGACCCCUUCGGCGCAAGGCCAGCUCUUUAAUAACUGCUGGAGCUGCCGGGUGCUCUCUGGGUCGGGGCUGAUCGGGGCGGGGUUGUACGUGUACGCUGUGGCGCGAAGGCCCAUGAAGCUCGGAUAUGCCCCAGGUCCACUCAAUAUUACACAGAUGGUCGUCGGCAUCAGCAUUGCAACUUGGGGUAUAGUCAUCAUGGCGUACCCCAAAGGGAAGGAGUACCGUGUUGAUUGAAAAUACCACCAGUGAAUUUGUCAUCUCCUGUAUCCGUCCUCAGGACACACAGCGAGCAUGGGGCUUAUGGAUGUGUAUGGACAGACACAUGGACAGACUUCAGGCCUGCAGAUACUACAAGAGUGAAAAGACAAAGUAUGAGUUCUCACUCUUUGGCCAGGAGUGUUUGUGGCCUUCCUCAGGCUCUACAGGGACCAAUAAAUUCCUCAAAAGAGAGCAGAUUGUGUGCCUUACCUGAGGAAGGAUAGAUAGUUUAAAAAAGAGAAAAUGAAAUAAACUUUUUAAACAGUU